GCAGCCCCCUCAGCGCCCCCCAGGGGCCGCACAAAAUGGCGGCCGCCGCCUUUCCCUCAGUGCCGCCCCGGGGCGGAGCUCGCCCUUCUGCGCGCCAAGCCGCGACAGCGGCUCCCGCCGGGCCAUGGCCGCCCCCGCCGUGCCCGGCUACUCGCCGGGCUUCAAGAAGCCGCCGGCCACGCUGCGGCUGAAGCGCAAACGGCCCCGGAGGAGCGAGCCCCCCGCCGACCCGCAGCCCUGCGGCGAGGCUCCGCGGAUCCCCUCGGCGCCCGCCCGCCGCAACCCCUUCUCCAGCCUCGACAACGCGCCGCGGGGCCGGCAGCCGCAGCGGGAGCCAUGGCCGGCGGGAGGCCCCCCCUCGGCGGCGCCCUUCUGGCAGUUCUUGGAGUCUGUUCAUGAAAAUAAGCCCACCAGGAGUGCAAAGCGCUCGGAAGGAACCGCCAUCCUCGCGUUCGCCAAUGACCUGCACUUACCUGCUCUUACACCCGAUGUUCCCACCUCACCGAGGCAUGAGUUUCCUGCAGACUGGAGUAUUAAAACACGACUUCUCUUUAUGUCUUCUCAACCUUUUACCUGGGCAGAGCAUUUAAAAGCACAAGAGGAAGCUCAAGGAUUUGCUCAGCAUUGUAGAGCAGCAGAAAUAAACUUGCCACAGAGCGUACAGGAACCAAAACUGUCAACAGAACUGCGUUGUGCCUUUCAGCAAAGUCUCGUUUACUGGCUUCACCCGUCGCUGCCCUGGCUGCAGCUGUUCCCUCGUAUUGGAGCAGACAGGAAAAUAGCUGGAAAGGCCUGUCCGUGGUCACAGGAUGAAGCCUUGCAGCAAGCGCUAAUGAGCGAAUGGUCUGUCAGCUUUACCUCUCUGUAUAACCUGCUCAAAGCCAAGCUAUGUCCCUACUUCUAUGUAUGCACCUACCAGUUCACCGUCCUGUUCCGUGCAGCUGGUCUUGCAGGAAGCGAUGUUAUCACAGCCAUGAUUUCUCCCACAACCAGAGGUUUAAGGGAAGCCAUGAGAAAUGAAGGCAUAGAGUUUUCCUUACCUUUGGUAGAAGGAAGUAGAACCAGAAAACAGAAAAACUCUGAAGUGAAUUUGGAAACAGAAACUGCUAAAAGCCCCGAAGUGAGCAAAAGCCCUGCGGAUGGAGAGGAACCUGCUACAAGUGAUUAUGAUGAUGACGAUGAAAGUUUCUCUUGGCUUGAGGAGAUGGGAGUCCGAGAUAACGUUAAAAAACCAGAUGCUAUCUCUAUUAAACUUCAGAAGGAGAGGCAUGAAGUGCAGAUGGAUCACAAACCCGAAUCCCUCGCAUUGGUGAAAGGAACAAACACGUUCACUUUACUGAACUUCCUGAUAAACUGCAAGAGUCUAGUGGCUGUUGCAGGUCCGCAGGCAGGGCUUCCACCAACUUUGUUGUCUCCCGUUGCUUUCCGAGGUGGAACAAUGCAAACGCUCAAAGCUCGAAGCAUAAAUGCAAAAGCCAGGGUUCACCUAGCAUAUGAAGACAUCUUCAGCUUGGAGAUCAUCGGCCCUGUCAUGCCCCACUCUCUCCAUUCGUUGACCAUGCUGCUGAAAGCCGCGCAGAGGGGAGCAUUCUCUGCAGUGCUCUACACCCAUGAGCCCACAGCUGUGUUUAACACUAGUCUCGAUAAUGUGAGCACUGCCCUAAAUAAGGAAACCGUAUGCAAAGACCUUCCUAAGUGUGGACUGCACUCUAACACUUUGGAUCAGCUGAGUCAGCUCCCAACGCUGGGAAAAUCUUCCAUCCGAUUUCUAGAAAUGAAGGACUACGCAUAUACCUGGAAGUCCUAGGUACACGUUACUUCAGGUUCAGAAUCAAGAUCAGAAAGCUCUCCAGGGCGCAGUUGCUGUAUUUCAUUCAGGUCUAUUCGGGCAGCACCUAUGCGGCACUAGGAGGGACAUAACCUCGGUGAACAUCACAGCCAAUAUUGCACAUCACCCAUCAUAAAACGCUGGGAAGGACUUUCAAAGGAAAUUAAGGAAAAGGCUUUGGACAUCUCCUUUUGUAUUUUAGAAAGCUUUUUUAAAAUAAAAUUUUAUAAAAC